AUGGAGGGUGAAAUCUUCAAUCCCGUGCACCCCGAAAUCCCUCCGGGAGGUGCUCUAGAGUCGGCUAAGCCGACUCCCCUUGCUGUUGCUACUCUAGAAGACCCAGAGUCGGCUGAGCCAACUCCCACUGUACUGGGUGCCUCCGAGGUGUCCUCCGAUGAUUUCACUUCCACCAUUGUUGCCUUUGUUGGCAUGGAGGUCCCUGAGGUUCCCGAUGAGGAGAUAGUUGAUUAUGAGGCCACUCCAGAGAGGGUGGAGGUCAAUGUGGUUUACAUGUCCAUCGAUUACUACAUUCUCGGAGAUGAUUCGGCGGCGUUGGAGUUUAACUUUGCAACAGAGAGCUUUGUUCCUAUAUCUCUGAAGCUGAUAGAUAAUCGGCUCAAUAUCAUCGUGUAA